AUGGCGGUGGAUAUGGUGGGUGCUAUUGCGAGGAAUGUUGAAAAAAUAGCAGGUAUUAUAGAAGUUAUGAAAAUAAAGGCAAAUCGGACGGGAAUUCGGGCAAUUCAAGUAUUCCCUCGUGAGGUUGAUUUUUCUUUG